AUGCCCCCCUCGUACAAGCCCUACGGCAACCCCGUCCCUUCCUACAUCCCGUCCGAGUGGACCGCCGGCGACCGCAACGAGGCGACGUUCAAGUAUCCCAUCAAGCCCUACUGGACGCAGUGGCACACGGCCAGCAAGGCGGUCGGCGGGGUCACUGAGCGCGCGUAUGGCGUCGGGGACCUGGUGUACGAGCACGGCGAGUACGACGACGGGACGAGCCACGACAUGUUCUGGGUCGUCGCUGCGCAGGACCUCGAGGGAUACACUCUGUCCGUGCUCAUUGCGCAGGAGCAAAAGGUCGGCCUCCGAUACACGCUGCGCGAGGAGGGCGGCGUGACCCACUUUGCCCGCGAGACCAUCUACCACAAGGACUCGGUGUACGGCGCCAAGGCGCGCGCCGAGUUCGGCGAGGCGAGCAAGGUUAGCGUCGGUAACCUCGAGAAGCAGAUCACGGGGCUGCUGGAGAAGGAGUACUCGUCCGUCCCGACCUUCGGCGCUUCGUGGCAGCAGUGA